AUGGGUGGAGCCGUGAGUGCAGGAGAGGACAAUGAUGACUUGAUCGACAACCUGAAGGAGGCCUACUAUAUCCGCUCAGACCUGGUGGAGCGGGCAUUUCGUGCCAUUGACCGUGCCGAUUAUUACCUCGAUGAAUAUAGGGAAAACGCCUACAAGGACUUGGCUUGGCGACAUGGCAACAUUCACCUGUCCGCUCCAUGUAUCUAUUCGGAGGUGAUGGAGGCUUUGGAUCUCCACCCUCGUAUCUCCUUCCUCAACCUUGGCAGUGGGACGGGCUAUCUCAGUACCAUGGUGGGCCUAAUACUGGGACCAUUUGGAGUGAAUCAUGGGAUUGAGUUGCAUGCUGACGUAAUCGAUUACGCCUACCAAAAGCUUGACUCCUUCAUCAAAACCAGCGACAGUUUUGACCGAUUUGAGUUCUGUGAGCCAUCCUUCGUAGUGGGCAACUGUCUAGAAAUCCCUCCUGAGACGCGUCAAUACGACAGAGUGUACUGUGGCGCCGGGGUGCAGAAGGAUCACGAGAAAUACAUGAAAAACCUCAUUAAGGUUGGGGGCAUCCUGGUAAUGCCGCUUGAGGAAAAGCUGACCAAGAUCACUCGCACAGGACCAAACAGCUGGGAGACCAAAAAGAUCAUUUCUGUGUCUUUCGCUCCUCUCAUACUGCCUAAACACAAUGUAAAUGGCAAACCCAAGAGUGUCCCUCUGCCAAAGUAUGAGGUACGGUCAUUACAAGAGCUCGCUCGUUUCUCCAUCCGACAUACGCUCCAAACAAAUACCGACAGCGGAGAAAGCCACUCACGCAGCCGCGGCUCUUCAUUCAGCGUCGGCCGGGGUCUGGCAGUUGCCGGCCUCCACAAGUACGGCCCUCGCUUCAAGCGCCGCCGGGUGCAUCGGCGCCGCUGCAACGCCCUCGUCCUGGCCACUCGUCAGGUGGUCGGCAGCGCCAUGAGCCCCGCUGCUUUGGACAGCAACAAUAACCAGGGGGGGAGAAUAGAGGAUGAAGAGGAAAUGGGUGAAAGGGAGGCGAGGCGGGAGAUGAGGGGAACUCGGAGGGCAACUAGAAGGGCCAGAGGGGUGAUGGAAGAAGAUGAGAUGGUGGAGGAGGAGGUUGAAGAAGAGCACGAGGCAGAGGAGGAAGAGAGAGAGACUGGAGAGCUUCUCCGAGUCCAACCUGCUGUCAACUUGUUAAGAGAGCGGAUACUGGGCCUUCCGCUACCCGAGCCCUUGAAGAGGUACCUCUUGUUCUACAGAAACAAGUGA